CCAACGCUGUGGUGGAUUAACCUGCAUGAAUGUCCGACUGUGCAGACAUGGAGGGGUCCAGUGACAAGCUUUUCUGCUGCAGGUGGUUGCGUAACAAGGUUCUUCUGGCCCACAGAGAGGAACUGUACCACAUCCUGAGGAUGAUAAUGCCUCUGCUGCUCUCUCGAAUCCUCAAUUACCUCUUGCCAUUUGUGGUGACAAUGUUCUGUGGGCGUCUGGGAAAUGAAGUGAUGGCUGGCUAUGGAUUAGCUUCUGCUACCAUUAAUGUCACAACUGCAGCAACAGGAUGUGGGCUGGGGCUGGCGUGUGAUACUUUGGUGUCUCAGACAUUUGGUGGUAAGAACCUGCGACGGGUGGGAGUAAUCAUGCAGCGGGGCAUCAUCAUCUUGCUGCUGUUCUGUCUGCCCUGUUGGGGUUUGCUCAUUAAUGCGCAGGCCAUCCUAUUAUGCAUGGGCCAAAGCCCUGAGGUGACCAGAGUAGCCCAGCUGUAUAUUACAGCCUUUCUUCCUGCCGUACCAGCAAUGUUUCUCCAUCAGCUUCAGGUGUCUUAUUUGCAGAACCAGGGUAUAAUACUGCCACAAAUGUACACUGCUGCUUUGGCAAACAUAGCAAACUUGGUGACAAACUACAUCUUCCUUUACUGGCUGGAUCUGGGUGUUAGCGGAUCUGCAGCGGCCAAUGCUCUGUCUCAGAUUUACAUCUGUGCUUUUCUGUUUGCUUACAUUUGGUGGAAGAAGCUCCAUGUAAAAACAUGGGGAGGCUGGUCUGUAGAAUCGCUGCACGAGUGGGGCUCCUACAUGAAACUGGCCAUUCCCAGUACAUUGAUGAUAUGUUUCGAGUGGUGGGUUUAUGAGUUUGGUGGAUUUUUUGCAGGAAUGGUGGGUGAAGACGAGCUGGCAGCCCAGCAUGUUGUGAUUAUGGUGGCUUUCAUAACUUACAUGUUCCCUCUAAGUAUUCAAGCUGCAGUGUGCGCACGAGUGGGAAAUGCUCUCGGUGCAGGAGAUACUGCUAGGGCCAUCCUCACCAGCAAGAUCUCUUUUGCUCUUUCAGGUAGCAUUGCAGUUGUGGAAGGUAUUGUGCUCGGCUCUACUAAAACAGUGAUUGGCUACAUCUUUACCUCUGAUGAGAAGAUCAUAGGUCUGGUCUCACAUGUGAUGAAUGUUUACUGUUUCCUUCAAUUCUUUGAUGGUCUUGUGUGUGUGUGCACAGGCAUCUUCUUGGGUACGGGAAGACAGAAGAUACCAGCUGUGGCCAACUUUAUUGGAUACUACUUUAUAGGACUUUCACUGAGCGUUACUUUAAUGUUUGUUGCAAAAUUAGGAAUUUUAGGUUUUUGGCUAGGACUGCUAAUUUGUGUUGUCAUACAAUCCACAUUCUACAUUACUGUCAUCUUUAAGUUCAACUGGAACCAAAUGACAGAGGAGGCUGUAAAACGAGCUCAGAAAAAGGCUCACAUGGCAUUAUCAGACCUGUCAGACAACGGGACGAGUAAUGGAAAUUCAGUGGACUACAUGCCUGUGAGCUCCGGUUGCCAAGAUGGGAACACAGAGACAGAGAGUGGACAUGUGGUCCGGCAGCUGAAGGGUGGCCGUCUCUCCACCACACAGUUGAUCCUCAGGCGAGGCCUCGUUAUGUUUGCAGCAGUUUCCCUUCUGGCUGCGGGAGCAAGCGUGCACUUCCUGGUGCCCUUGCCAGAGACGCUGCAUUCAGAGGACAACUUUACUUUGGACUCGAUCAAUACGACAUAUUCCACUGAUCAAAUGUUCUCCACUGAACUAGUCCCAAUAGUUGGUAGAUGAGGCGGCCAUAUACUGGGGUUUGAUCCCCAUGCGGUGGACCCAGGUUCAAAUCCGGCCUGAGUCCCUUUGCCGCGCGUUUUCCCCUCUGUCUCCCCGUUUCUGACCUGCACUGUCACUGUAUUCAAGGCACUGGUUGCCCCAAAAAUUAUUUUAAAAAAAAAAAGAUCAUUGAUCAUAAAAUCAUUGUUUGUGCAUAAAGCAUUGAAUUUAAGACCAGUUAUCUGUGACGGUAAGCAACUAAUACAGUGGCAGAUUUGAGGAAAAAUUAAGUGAGUGAAUAGUUGAAUUCAUAUUUAGCCUUUAGUUAUUAUUUGUCUUAAUGAUUUGAUAAUAGAAAAUAAAAAUAAACAUGUCCUUGCAUCUACAAUUGUCAAACUGUUAUCCGGCUCUUCGUGAUAAAUGUGGAACUUAAGUAAACAAGUUUUUAAUGGCU